GGCGCUAGUUGAACAGUGAAUUCCCACAUUUGAGUUUGAUCCCGAAUUUUUUAUCUUUAUCAGUUGUUUUUCAUCGCAGUGUGACGUAGGUCAAGGAGACUUCUCUUCACCGCGAUGUCCACACCGACCAUCAAGCAGGAGCCUGCGUGCGUCGACGUUGCCGGCGGCGACGCCGCGACGACGACGCGCGGCGAGGGAGCGGACGGCGAGAUCGUCCCCGCGCCGCCGCUCGUCCGCGAGUUCUCUACGGAGCUAGACGGCUCGGGAAACGCGUUCUACACGUGCGAGUUCUGUCUCGUGAUUUACACGAGCUUCUGGGCGUACGACGAGCACCGCACUUCCUGUCCUGCGGUCGCGGCCGCGGCCGCGCUGCCCGUCGCCGCGGCGACGUCCCCGGACUGCGUCGUCGUCGAACCGGACAGCGGCCUCGACUUCUACUUCCGCUGCAUCCCGUGCAGCGAGUGCUUCUUCACGCAGGAAUCGUUCGUCGACCACUGUCGCCGCACGCACUGCCGCCUGCUGGUGACGCAGGGAAGCGCGGCGCCGGGCGCGGACGCGGCGGCGGCGGCCGCGGGGAUGACGUCGUUGCACAGCGACCUGCUCGUGUCUUGCCGCUGCACGGCGUGCGGGGAUUGCUUCUACACGGAGGCGACGUUCUGCCUGCACACCGUCGCCAUCCACUGCAAGGUGCUCGUCUGCCAGGGUCAGAACUCGGCGGCGCGGAAGCCGCCGCCCCGUGACCCGGUGACCCCCGCGGCGCGCCGCCCCGAUCCCCCGCUGUUCCGCGACGGCGACGAUGCCGCCCCUUCUCGCCCUGGCGUGACGACCGAUGACGAACCGGGCGAGAGCACGCUGGCCGUGCAGCCCCCCCAGGCGAGGAGACCGCCGAACAAGAGGCAGAGGAGGAGUGUGGGUUCGCCGGACGUCGCGAAGGAAGAGGAGACAGGGGGCGCCGGCGGCACGGCGCGGUCGAAGAGCGCCCUCUGCUGCGGCGCGCGCAGAGAGACGUUCGGUGACUCUUCGUCGUUGCAGCGCCACCUGCUGGCGCACGCGAAGGUGGGCGAGGAUCGGACGUUCGCGUCGUGCGGCGACGGAAAACUCGGCGACGAUGACGAUGACGUGAUUGUCACGCGGGAAGCUCUGAAGUUUCACUGGGGGGAGAAUCAGUUCACGAACCAAAGGGGCGGCGUGUUCACGUGCGCGCACGGCGUGUGCGGGGCGCAGUUUUCAUCUCCUUCCAAACUGGCCGAGCAUUCUUACCUUCACAUUUCCCCCAAGAAGGAUGCAAUACGCUGUUUAAACUCGCUGCAGACAAAUGCCGAAACGCUGGCUAGAAUACGCAAGGAAGGCGGUCGUGAUGUUCAGCGUAACAUUCCAGACAUGAUCACGUUUGCACAGAGAGCUGGCAUCACGCUGGAUGCCUUAGACAAGCUUAAUGUUAUUCACGUGAGUGGAACGAAAGGCAAGGGAUCAACGUGUGCAUUUACAGAGAGCAUCCUUCGACAGUAUGGCUAUAAAACAGGACUGUUCACGUCGCCCCACCUAGUGGAAACCAGAGAAAGGAUCCGAAUCAAUGGAUUGCCGAUCGAGAAGAAACUGUUUGCGAGUUACUUCUUUGAGGUCUAUAAUCGGCUGAUCAACACAAAGAACCAGCAUGAUCCGGAGGUUGGGAUGCCCGCUUAUUUCCGAUUCCUGACGUUGAUGUCUCUCUACGUAUUCGUCGAACAAAAAGUGGACGUCGCCAUCUUGGAAUGCGGCAUCGGCGGAACGUACGACUGCACGAACAUUGUCAGGAAGCCGGUCGUGUGCGGCGUGUCGUCGCUGGGCAUCGAUCACGUGUCGUUGCUUGGUGACACCGUGGAGAAGAUCGCGUGGCACAAGGCCGGAAUCUUUAAGGUGAGACGCGCGACGCAUGUGUCGUGGCGUGGCGUGGCGUGGCGUGGCGUGGUGUGUCGCGGUGUGUCAUCGCUGGGCAUCGAUCACGUGUCGUUGCUUGGUGACACCGUGGAGAAGAUCGCGUGGCACAAGGCCGGAAUCUUUAAGAGUCAAGGCGACAGAAGCAAUUAA